CUCGGGUGCUGUAGAUGAUUGCGCGGGUAGACAAAAAAUGAUGUGAAAAUGAAGAAGGUUGAAGGCACAGAGAGUGUGUGUAUUCGUCAUUUAUGGGAUCACACGACGACUUUCCGGUUUAACACUUUGUGUCUAGGUACACUGUUCAGGCAGAGUGGACUUACACUUGCCCUAGGAGGUGAAGAUGGCAUCAUCAGACUCUAUGACCUGUCCUCUACGGAGGGAAUCAAAUCUCAGCAGACAACACUGGAGACUAAAAGUGGACCAAUACAGGCGAUGGCAAUUCAUGAUGUCACAAAGUUUUAUCACAACGAUCUGAUAGUGGCCGAUUCCUGCGGCACAAUGACAGUUUUCUGUAGUCGACAGAUCCUCUGUCGACAGAGCAUAGCAGAAUCAAGCAUCAGCUCCAUCCAAGUUGACAAGGACAAAACGGGAAAUGUUGUGAUUGUGAUGAGCACAGAAACUGGAGUGAUCAGUGGAGUGCUGCCCUCUAGUGAGCUGUGGCGAAUCAACCUCCAUGAUUUGAGCACCAACACGAACCCUAAGGAGACAAUUUCUGUGCGGAGUCUGUUAGCAGCUGAACUGGUCAAUCAACAUGGGCACAAAUCAAGUUACAUCAUAGCUGCUGAUGACAACAAGAACCUGAUCGUGAUCCAUCAGGGUACAGUUGUAUCUAUCCUGAAGACUUUGUCAGUAAUCACCGCUAUGUGCCAUGGAAGGUUUGUGGUGGAUGACAAACUGCUGCCAACAGGACUGCCUUCCGGGGGAGGACACUCAGCCUCGUCACAAGUAGCUCUGGGGUCAGAGAGUGGCGCAGUGUAUGUCUUUCACAACUUCAAUGUAACCGAAGAUGAAUAUGCUAAUACUCAGUAUCCAAUCACAAACUUGCGAGCUCUGACCGUUGCUGACAAAGACACUGACCUACUUCUGUGUACAGGUCACUUCAAUUCCUUAAAUAUCUACUCAGAUGGAAAGAAAGUUGCCCAGCACCAAACUCCUGAUUGGAUCAAUUCCUUGGAGGUUGCUGACCUAGACGGCGAUGGAACAAAGGAGGUUGUGUUUGGUUGUCUUGACAACAGCGUCCAUGCUGUUAAAGUGUCCCCCACUUGAACACCGAUGGAUUGAAGUUUGUGAUGAAGACGCAGAAACUAAACAGAUCAAUUGUAUUUCACCAAGAGCAGGACUCUUUGUGUUAUUCAAGGCAUGGUGUAGUUGACAGAACCAGUUCUGGACAACAGCUUUCCUGAUUUAUUCAUCUGUGACAGUAGAAUGAUUUGUGCAAGAGGAAUACUUCUAAAGCAUUCGUAUGAUUGUGCUGUUCAUUUGGUCAGGUCGAAAUCUCAUUUUGAUAUUAUAAACAUAAAUAUAAUAUCAGAGUGGGUCUUUUUAUAUCAAAAAGAAAUAAAAUUUUAUAGUAAAACA